AUGGCAGAUUCUUCAUCCGAUGGAAAUGCCGAAGAAGGUUCAGAUGACCCAGAAAGGCUCAGCAAGGAUCUGGCAUUGAUCACAAAAAGAUUCCAGUGUCUUCACAGGAAGAGCCAGUUCCAGAAGAAAGGUUCAAGCAACUCUCGUGGUUCAAAAUCUUCAUCAAAACCUACUGGAGAAUACACCUGCUUCAAGUGCAAAAAGCCUGGACACUUCAAGCGCAAAAAGCCUCUCUGGGAAGCUGAUAUCCGGGCCAGUGGAAGAUAUGACUCUGGCAACUAUCGAGGCAAAAGCAAGAGCAAGAACUACGACUCCGAUGAUGAGAAUAAAACGAAGAAGUUCUUCAAGAACAAGGAAAACUCCACUUCAAAAUCUUCGUCAAGAUCUUCAUCAAGGAACCACUCCAAGUCCUCCUCUGACCGCAAGAAUAACUCUCGCAAGGCGAAGGCGUACAUCGGCAAGGAAAUGGAUUCUGAUGAAGAAGAAUCGUCAGACUCCGAAGAAGAUGAUAAAUCCGAUGAGGAUUCCGACUCUGGCACUGCUGGCAUAGCAUAUGCUUCGUCCCCUACGACAAACUUCUUCGGGAAUCCGUCAAGCGAUGAUGAACCUUCUGCCUACUGCUUCAUGUCCAAGGCCUCAAAAGAAAAGGUAUCCUCCAAACAUCACAAGGUUCACUCCAGUGAUCAAUAUUCUUCUGAUGAGGAUGACCAUGCUAAGUUGAUCAAAAUUGCUAAUAUUUAA